AUGUCGCCGCUGAUGCAGCGCCUUGGCGGCGGGUUGCAGCACUGCUCAGUGACGCCAUGGAGCGCCGAGCUGCAGCCGCAGCAGCAGCAGCAGAAGCUGCAGGAGCUGCCCGGGCGGCAGCUGCAACCCGGCGACCUGGUGGAUACGGCGGUGGCGGCAGCUGCAGAGGCGGCGGGCCGUCGGCUGGGGGAUGCAGAGCUGCGGCUGGUGCAGCGGCUGCGGGACAAUUGGCUGGAGACGGCCGCGGACGUCGCCGCGUUGAGCCGGGAGGACGCGGCGGCGCUGUCGGUGCCACUGAAGGUCUGGAGCUAUAUCGGCAGCACCCUGGCCUCGGCGGCGGACGGCCCCGCUACGGAAGGCGCCCGGGCGGACGCGGCUGCCGAAGAGGCGGCCGAGGGCGCCGAGACGCCUGGUCGAAGCGAGGGCGGCGGCGACGGCGCGGCGGAGCUGCAUCCGGACAUAAUGCAGCGCCGCGCGCCGCCGCGGCGCCGCCUUUUCUCGCGGGCGCAUGUGCGGGUGACGCGGCGCACCAAGCAGGCGCCGUACGGCCUCAGGGUGCGAUUCGAUUGA